AUGAAGCCGCGAGACCCGCAAACAGUGCCAGACGCGUGGUUGAAGUUGGCAGAUACAGCGUGGGCCUACGAAAAGGACCGUGCAGAACGAUGGCGGAAUGAAAUCAACACACUCCUCGUCUUUGCCGGCUUGUUUUCCGCUGUCCUCACUGCUUUUGUGGUUCAGUACUAUGCUGUUCUGUUACCGGCACCCGACUUCAAUACGGCCAUCCUUGAGCGCAUACUAUCCGUGCAACUCGGUAACAUACCUACCAACGCUGUCGUGGCGGCCGCCAACUCCGCGAACCCAGUGCCGGUGCCAAUGGUUCUUACGAACUCAUCAUCUGCAAACUUCCCCUCGCCACCCGCUGCACCCCGCUGGAUUGCCACGCUGUGGUUCGUCGCCCUGGUCUUCAGUCUCAGCGCCGCAUCCGUCGGUUUAGCCGUCAACCAAUGGCUGAACUUCCAUGCGACGGAGAAAGCCGGGCUGCAAGACGCAUCCCAGAAGGCUUGGACGUGGCAGCUCCGUAGGCACGCAAUGGACAAGUGGCAAGUGGAGUCCAUGGUCAGCAUCCUUCCGUUUCUUCUUCAGGUGGCCCUCGUCCUCUUCCUUGUCGGGAUUGUGGGCUACCUCUGGGAGCUUGGCCUCGACAUCGCCGUCCCGAGCACGGUCUUCGUCGGCGCCUUGCUUCUAUUUCUAGCUUUCACCUCCGUGUCACCCGCAUUUGUCGGUUACAGUCCCUACAAGUCGCCGCAAGCG